AUGUUUAAGUUCGAAUUGGAAAGCGGUGACGAAUACCAGUGCAAAGAACCCGCAAGUGAGAAGUGCACAUCGUUCGGAUUGUUAUUGCUGUUGAGUGCAAUCGUUGCGCCAGUUUUUUCUUCACCCAAUCAUCGUCACUUCCGAUCGCAUUGCGAAGAUGAAGUGUGGGAAGAGGUGCCAUGCGAGCAGAUAUCUACUAGAAGUACAACAACUACAACAACAACAGAAAGUCCACCCCGCACUACCAACGCACCCACUACUCAGAGACCUUCAACCACACCACGCCCAUAUACUAAACCGCCAACCCCAGCGCCCGAAGUUUACAUUACAACCACCGCUGCUAGCGUCUCGUCUACCACACCGAGCACCUACCAAAAUUGCUAUUACGAAUGCAAAGGUGGCUGUAAGGAAUUCUGCCGAAAGGUAACUGUUGAUGGUGCAUCUGAAAAGCAAGUAACCCAAAUCACAAAAACUUCCCAUCGCGUGCCAAACGGUCAGCUCCAUUCGGAGCAUGUACAUCAACAAAUAUUCGUACCACUCCCUACUCCCUACACUCCACAUGUUCCCUACACACCAGCCACAUCGGCCACACCGAUUGCGCACCUCAGCGCUACGCAGGAAAUUUACCCUCCACCAUCUACCAAUGAACUAAGCAAUUCCUAUGGACAUACACAAUUGGCCUAUAAAAUUCAGGCGCCACAGCCAAUAUUACCUACAACGUAUGCGAAAGCAAGUCCAGCGCCCAGCAUUUAUGAUAACUCAAAAUCUGAUAACAACUAUUCAGAAGCCUUGCUGGACGCCAGCUAUUCCGUGGACGACUUGACGCGUCUUUUGCAAAUGGAAAACCUUAACAGGAAUAGCGCCACCGCCUAUUACCAACCAGCUGUUUACGGGCCUUCAUAUGCCUCUAAUGCUGAAGUACCACUUUACACAAUUCAACCAGCUUCUCCUUAUCAUUUGCCUCUGCCAGAACCUAAAUACUCUUCCUCAGCGCCAACUUAUGCAGAAGCAAAUAAGAGCUAUCCCGUGGUACCACCACAAUAUAAAAACCCUGCAGAGAGCAAUCCGGCUACACCAAGUCCAUCGACGGCGACUUCUUCGGCUACUCAGUAUACGAAUUACAUUAAUAAAGGUUACUCAAGUGGACCAACGCAAUAUGGAUCCGCUGCUGAACCAAAUAAGGACCAACAAAGCGCGCAUUCUUUGACACAUCAAGCGGUUUAUAGCGACCCAAGUGUAGAGUACGAGAACUCAAUACCUUACAACUCGCUAGCGUCUGCGUAUGCCCCCCGUCCGCAACUCUAUGGGAUGUAG